AACGGGAGUUGUGCGCGAAGGCAUUUUCAACUCUUAACAGAAAAAGGUACUGAUGUGUCCUUGUCGUGUCAACUGAUAUCAUGGAUAUCGAUGCAUGAAUGAGUGAGUGAACUCAAUGUUGAGUGUGAAUCAAUCUCUGAGCAACAGAAGCAACAAUCAACGCCAAACACCGACUAGACACGAAAACAACAUAUAUCUGUUUUUACAUCUAAUCAUCGAUUGUUCAAACGAAGAAUCAACACAUUUGUAGAGUAGUGUCAACAAAAUACUGCGGGUAUUUUCACAGAAGAAGGGAACAUUGUUUCGACAAAACAAAUACUGAGUCAUGAAAUUUACUAUCGGAUGCAUGCCGCUACUGCUAGCGCUCUCGGACGUCAAUGUUGAUGCCUUUGCGCCCUCAAAAUUGGUCAACACCGCUGUCAAGUCCAGUACAGCCCGGGCCUUUUCUCCCAUGGACCCGACUUCUUUUCAGGAACUCCCCCACCACGUCCAGUCCAUCCAGGACUUUAUGUCCACCCUUUCCGUAGCGGACGUCGAUGUUGGCGCCGGAAUCGAACAGGUCGCCACCCAGGUUGCCACCACCGUCGAUCCCGCCACUGCCGAGGUCGCCACCGAAGCCGCGAAGUCGAAUGGCUGGUUCGGCUUCCUAACAGGACCCACAGAGGCCUUCCUCGAGAUCAUCCACAGCGUGCUCGUUGGUGUAGGACUCAACAGCAACGCCUGGGGUAUCUCUAUCAUUGCCCUGACCCUAUCCAUCAAAUUGUUGACAUUCCCCCUCACAAAAAAACAGCUGGAAAGCACCCAAAAAAUGCAGGUAUGUGUGUCCCUAUUUUGUUGUUGUUGUUGUGCGGAAAUCAUAUCAUGAUUUCUUUCGUCGUUUCAAUUCACUCAUGGCACAUUAUUCUAUUAUUUCCUUCUGACUCCAAACCGAUUCGUUCGAUUGCGUCAAAUCGACUCGAUUCCCAACUGAAAGGCUCUGCAACCAUCUUUGAAAGAGGUUCAGGCCAAAUACCAGAGCAAUCCAGAGGUCAUGAACCAAAAGAUUGCCGAGCUCUACCAAACUAACAACGUGAAUCCCCUCGACGGUUGCAUUCCAAGUCUUGUCCAGAUUCCCGUAUUCAUCGGUCUCUACCGUGCGGUCCUCGAUCUUGCCACCGAUAAUGUGCUCGACGAACCGUUCCUGUGGUUGUCUAGUCUCGAGGGUCCUACGUACGGAACCGAUCCCACCAAGGGGUCUGCCUGGUUGUUCGACAACUGGGUCAACGGAGCUCCCUCUCUUGGAUGGGACGAGACGGUUUCGUUCUUGGUCCUUCCCGUUUUCUUGGUCGUUUCUCAGUUCGCAUCGAUGGAGUUGAUGACUCCCAAGGAGCAAAAAGAUCAGCAGCCAUCCUUCCUGAAGGUGUUGCCACUGAUGAUUGGUUAUUUCUCCCUGAACGUUCCCUCCGCCCUCUGUGUGUACUGGGUCACAAACAAUAUUGUCACCACCGCCUCUUCGCUCAUCAUCCGCAACAGCCUGAAAAUGGAGCCCGCCGCGGUCGUCGCUUCGGAAGCCACGGCAGCGGCCCCCGCCAACCCCAACGUGUUCACCCCCCCUACCAUUCGCGAGAAACCCGCCGGAUUUGGAGAAGCGGCCCCCUCUGCCUCCGUAGACGGUGUUACCCCCAUCACCGGCUCGGGUGAUGUCGUUGAUGUCGAGGUCGUCUCGGAGAUUUCUUCGAACGUUGAAGCCGCUGGAGAAGGCAUGUCGGCUCCCAAGAGCAAGAAGGUGAGCGUUGUCUUUUCGAGUCGUGAUUGAUUUAUCUUUUUUUUUUUUUGGUGUCUGACCGCAUUUUGAAACUGUUAUUUCGUUCCAGCGCGGAGGCAAGAAGAAGAAGAAGAGAAGAAAGAACUAAAUGAAGCCUGAAUAAAAAACUAAGUAGCAUCCGUGCCCGAGCAAACGAAAACCUGAUUGUUUCUCUUUCCAAACGAAUUCUUCUGUCUAAUAACUACAAUGCUGUAUCACCAAAGAGCGCUCGUUCAAACAAUCAAAAAUGGGAUCACACAAGCAAUGCUGUUGCGAGGGCUCGAAGAUUGUUAUGAAUAGUAUGCAGGCCAUGAUUAUUUAAUUUUUAUAAAGCCUCUUGAGUUUU